AUGUCUAAAAUCGGUACCGUCACAACCAAGGAGGCUGUCGCGAAGAUUCAACGAGCAAUCGACAAUGACAAACUCUUCAAGAAUGAGGACCUAAACAUAAUCACUCAAAUCUCAAUUAGCAACAUGACGCACACCAGUUCCAGUGACCCAAACUCUCACUACUCGGUAGUCGGUUACGACGGAAACAAUCAGCAUGUCACACAUUCGCAUGUCCAACAGGACGAGUCGAAGCAACGUCGCGCCAACUAGACUAGGUCGACUUGCCGUUCCAUCAUACUGCAGGUACCGUAAUACAACGCGGCCUGUAGUCUACGAGGUACCAUUAAAAACCAGGGACGGCGGUUGCUCGUGCAGCGGAAAAAGGCUCGACAAGUUCAUUGGGUUGGAAUGCCUCGGGUGACGGGCACUUGCUAAUGUCACUGGACUUGCACGCUUCCACUUGUGCGAUCGAUUGAUUGCUGGUAGUGGGCGCUGUUGCGGCAGACGAAGCAGUGGUAAACUCGUUCUGCUGCUUGCAUUCUGCGGAUGGUGAUAGCUUGUUCAUUUCACCCGCAUUCGAAGCUUCCGCUUGUGUAUCCGGUUGAUCGCUCGCAGUAGGCACUACAUUAUCCGGCGGUUCAGUCCAAU